AUGCCAACGACUUCGCAUUCCGCGUCUCAGAUUAGUUUACCUGCGUCGGAUUCGCGACAUCGCAGGCGUAGGCGUUAUAGAGAUACUGAGGACAGAAAUUACAGUCGCAAAAGCCGAGCUGUGGAAGAUGAGGAUCAUAAAAGUGAAGGGACAAAGUCGCGAUCAGGAACAAGAUCUGGAAGAGAGGUGGAACUCCCUGACUCGCGAUCCAAAAUGCAUGGAGGCGCAGAACGCAGGCACCGCAGGAGCACCACGGCCACCGGCAGCACUCCGGAAAGGAGCCGUGUAGGAACUACGUCAGAAACCAAAACCCAGCGCGCGUCGCAGACUCCGAAGACCAGACCGGCGUCUGUCCAUCGGCACUCUACGUCCUCUACAAAACCCCCGUCUUCCUCGAAGGAGAAAAAAACCUCCUCUAAUAACCCUACUCCCGGUUCUCAAAAGACGAAGGAAGCUUCGAAAAACACAUCAUUGAAGCAACCACCUAGUGUAGAAGGGAAGCGUAACUCGAACUACAGGUUUCUAGGCAGCUUGUUCGGCAAUCCGCAUCCUCCAGUUGAAAAGAAAAUCACUUGCCUGACAUGCUUGUCUGACGAUGUUCCUAUCAGCAAGUCCGCCAAACUUGCCUGCUCACACCGCAUGUGCAACAAGUGUCUCAAGCGUAUCUUUACCAUGUCCGUGUCUGAUCCACAGCAUAUGCCUCCUCGAUGCUGUACGGACGAUCAUAUUCCGCUUAAACACGUUGAUAGGCUUUUCGAUUCAAAAUUUAAAAAUACGUGGAAUCGAAAGUACCAGGAAUAUACCACCAAAAACCGACUAUACUGCCCGGCCCGUGGCUGUGGAGAAUGGAUAAAACCAAAAAACAUCCAGCUAGAUACUAGCAAUGGGCCUACUUGUGGGCGCAAAUACGGCAAAUGCAGCAAAUGCAAAACCAAAGUUUGUGUGCUCUGCAACCGCAAAAUGCAUCGUUCCAAGGACUGUCCGAACGACGAAGAUACGAAGAGGUUCAAUGAAAUAGCCCAGGAGUCUGGAUGGAAGCGUUGUUACAACUGUUCUGCGAUGGUGGAAUUAAAAGAAGGCUGCAACCACAUGACAUGCCGCUGCACAGCUGAAUUCUGCAUAAUUUGCGGCUCGAAGUGGAAAACAUGCGACUGUCCGUGGUUUAAUUAUCAUACUCCUGGGGGUGGGGCCUAUCCGGAUAUCCCUCAGGGAAGGAUGAUGGAUGAGCAAGGGAAUGAAGACGUUCGAGCGCCUAUUCGAUACCAGCAGGAGCUCGACAUGCGACGUGCGCAGGAGCGACAAGAUGAAGUCCUUGCUAGAAGAUUGCAGCAAGUUCUCGGUCUUGAUGACGACGAUGACGGGAGCACUUAUGACUACUCCCCAAACAACAGGUACACAACUAAUAUUGACCCUGCCGACGUGAACGACGCAUUCCCUCCAAUAUACGAUGAUUUCUAUCUUCCCAGCAGAUUUGCCGGUACCCACACCCCACCUCCACCAGAAGACCGGAUAACUCGAACUGAUCUUCCACCCGACGAUCCUCCCAUGAUGCCUCCAGAUCAGGUGCCACGUUCGCCUAGAAUGCGAACCCAGCCACCCGAUUCCGCUCGACGUCGUCGACGGCGCAAGCAAGCCACUGCUCGUGAUAUGCCUUCAAGCUCAUCGCGAGCUCAACAGUGGAGACUAGGCCUCGGCAUGCUCCCCCGAUAACAGCCCUCUUCGCACUUAGCCACGAUAUCCUUCCUUCCGGUAAAUUCUUUGACACCCGAUCCCCUUCAAUCGAUCGAGAUGGAGGGAAUGAAAUUUGAAUCUAAACGAUCCAUGGCGUUUCUAUCUCCGACUGAUCCUGCUUUUCCGGCCUUCCGGAAUCUACCCUGUUUCCUGACCCACGAUUUAUUUAUUUGUUUUUUUUUAACCAUGAUUGAACGACAUGAGAUAAUGACCUGAAGUGAAUGGCAUGCACGCCAUAUUUGGAGGUAUUUAUAAGAUCCAUUCUACGUCGACAUCUUUGCAGGGGGCCUGCCCAAACCAACCUCUUUUAAAUUAUUACUAUACCAUGUUUUAUAACUACUAAGUUCCGUAGCUUCUUUUUCUCCCUUGUUUUACUUAUUUAUCGAUUAUGAUUCAGUUUCCAGUAUCGAAAUGCUCUAUAUCCCGGCGACCUAUCUCUUAUUUGAAUACUUUUCUUUCAUAUCCUAUGGGGAACCCCCUUCGAAGUUCAUAGGCGAGUAUUUGUUGAUUAAAAUGCAUACAAGCCUAGAAUCUAGCUAAAAUGCGAGAGUGGUAAUCC